GCCAGGUCACGUGGGCUCCAGCACGCCGGCCGCCAGUUUUAACCCAGCUCUGCCCCGGCUCCGCCCUCUGCCGCCAAUCUCCCCCUCCAUUGGCCGGGCUUCGGGCUGCACUAGUAGUAGCCCAUUCGAUCGGGCUUCUCAACUGCCAUAGGCUGGGUUCUACCCAGGACCCGCCUUUCCAGCUAGAUCGCCACGCCCCCCGAUAAAGGCCACGCCCCUAUUCACCCAUCUCUGUAGUGAGGAGGUGUCCCGCCCCGGCUACGGAGCUUACCCACUACAUUGGCUUCAUUUCUUCUUUUACUCCGCCCCCGAGGCCGGCUUGUAACCAACAUUGGCAGGGCCCCGCCUCGGGCCACGCCCCCGUCCGGCUCCCUGCUCCCAUUGUUUCGGCAGAUGCUGCCUGGUCCAGCAAUCGUGCUUGGUGUUCAGUUUUCUGGGGUCGCGCUCUUUCUCUGGUCUGUGGAGCGGCCCCGCAGCCGAGAACAAGAAUCCUGAGUUCGGGCGACUCUUCUUUCCUUUUUAGGACCCACUUUGCAUUCCCAGGACGGCUACAACUAUGUCUACACUGCGAUCUCUCCUCCUGCUGCUGCUGCUGCCUCUGUGUCCCGGUCCUGGUCCCGGAGCCGGGAGCGAGGCAAAGGUCACCCGGAGUUGUUGUGCAGAGACUCGGCAGGUGUGAGGGGCCCGGGGAUAUAGCUUAAACCUAAUCCCUCCAGCCCUGAUCUCAGGUGAGCACCUCCGGGUCUGCCCCCAGGAGUACACCUGCUGUUCCAGUGAGACAGAGCAAAGGCUGACCAGGGAGACGGAAGUUACCUUCCGAGGCCUGGUGGAGGACAGUGGCUCCUUCCUGGUUCACACACUGGCUGCCCGGCAGAAAAAAUUUGAUGAGUUUUUCCAGGAGAUGCUCUCAGUAUCCCAGCACUCCCUGACUCAGCUCUUCUCCCACUCCUACGGCCGCCUGUAUGCCCAGCACGCCCUCAUAUUCAAUAGCCUGUUCUCUCGGCUGAGGGCCUACUAUGGGGAGUCUGGUGAGGGGUUAGAUGACACCUUGGCAGAUUUCUGGGCACAGCUCCUGGAGAGAGUGUUCCCCCUGCUGCACCCACAGUACAGCUUUCCCCCUGACUACCUGCUGUGCCUCACGCGCCUCGCCUCUGCUACUGAUGGCUCUCUGCAGCCCUUCGGGGACUCACCCCGCCGCCUCCGCCUGCAGAUAACCCGGGCCCUGGUGGCUGCUCGGGCUUUUGUCCAGAGCCUGGAGGCUGGAAGAAAUGUGGUCAGUGAAGCACUGAAGGUGCCAGUGUCUGAAGGCUGCAGCCGGGCUCUGAUGCGGUUGAUUGGCUGUCCCCUUUGUCGGGGGGUUCCCUCACUUCUACCUUGCCGGGGCUUCUGCCUCAACGUGGCCCGUGGCUGUCUCAUCAACAGGGGACUAGAUCCUGACUGGGGCAGCUAUCUGGAUGCUCUCCUGCUCCUUGCUGAGAAGCUUGAGGGCCCCUUUUCCUUUGAGCUGGCAGCCGAGUCCAUCGGGGUGAAGAUCUCAGAGGGUUUGAUGUACCUGCAGGAAAACAGCGUGAAGGUGUCAGCCCAGGUGUUUCAGGAGUGCGGUCCCCCCGACCCAGUGCCUGCACGAAACCGUCGAGCCCCUGCACCCCGAGAAGAGAUGGGCCGGUUGUGGACGUCGGUGGCAGUGGCAGAUGAGGAACGGCCCACAACGGCAGCUGGCACAAACCUGCACAGGCUGGUGUGGGAGCUUCGCGAGCGUCUGGGCCGGAUGCGUGGCUUCUGGGCUGGGCUGCCCCUGGCAGUGUGCGGGGACUCCCGCAUGGCAGCGGACAUCUCUCUGGAGUCUGCGCCCUGCUGGACCGGUGCUGGGCGGGGCCGGUACCUGCCGCCGGUGAUCGGAGGCUCCCUGACAGAGCAACUCAACAACCCUGAGCUGGAGGUGGAUGCCUCGGGCCCCGACGUUCCCACACGGCGGCGACGGCUUCAGCUUCGGGCGGCCACCGCCAGGAUGAGGGCGGCAGCGCUCGGACACGAUUUGGACAGGCCGGACGCGGAUGAGGAUGCCAGUGGCUCUGGAGGAGGACAGCACUAUGCAGAUGACUGGAUGGCUGGGCCAGCAGCUGUGGCCCCCCCAGUCCGGCCUCCUCGACCUCCUCGCCCUCCUCGGCGGGAGGGUCCUGGAGGCAGAGGAGGAGGUGGCAGUGCCCGUUACAACCAGGGCAGAAGCAGGAGUGGGGGCACAUCUGUUGUUUUUCACACCCCACCUGUCUUCAUUCCCUUCCUGGUUGCCCUGGCUCUGCUUGGGCCUCGGUAACAGGGGAGGGGUGCCCUAGCAUCAGAAGGGUUCGUGGCUCUUUCCCCUCCUCCCUCUUCAGCUGGGCCUGAGGAGUUGAAAAGGGCUACAGAAAGAGUAGAGAAGGAACUUUGCAGAUGAACGAAUGGCUGGGGCCCCAAAUUUAGAUUCCCAUUGGUGGGCUGGGAGUGGGCAUGUGUUCACAAUAUUUAUUUUUUCAUUUGGUAAUGGAGGGGCUGGGAGUAUUUAUUUAGGAAGGAGGUGUGGACCUCAGCCCUGUAAGGCUGAGACUGGUCAUCAGCCCCAACAAGGAGGAAGGGGAGAAGUUUUAGAAUUGCAGUUUGGGAAGGAAGUUCAAAGUGGGGAGGGGUGCAACACUGCUGGGGUGGGGGCAUGUAGUCUCAGAAGUGGACACAACUGAAUGCUAAUGGGUGCACUGCAGGGGACUGGGGAUGUGUGAGUAGGACAGGAGGCUCUAUGGGCCUAGGUUCUGUUGAGGGUUUUUUUUUAUUUAUUAAUUUCUUAAACUAAAAUGUUUUUUAAAAAAGGACUCAUGACCUUUGCUGUCCACAUCAUCCUUCACAAGCUCUAAAUGUCAUGUUUUAGUGUUUGAGUCAGUGUUUAUUCUGCAAAUAAAUUGUAAUUUA